GAAAAUAACGGGGGAACAAUUCGGAAUAUUACGGGCGAGAUUAAAACAAAUCGUUUGUGCGAGGAUUUUCCAGUGUGCUCGCGGUCAGGGUCGCUUAUUGGCGGGUGUUAAAGUGUGCUUAGUAUGCCCGCAGUCCGUUCAACACGCCGAGUUUGAAGAAUAAUUGCAAGGCGGAGAGGUCCGUGUACGAAGAACCAUGAAAGGCGAUGGAUUUAUGCCCAUUCUCUGUGUGAUGACGUGUGGAAUAUUCGGAUAUGCGAGCACAGAUACUCAACUAUCCCAUCCCACCUACCUACCAUCAACCACACUGGAACUGAGUCCUAAUCAGAGAGACCCAAAACAUCUCCAACAACCCCAAAACAUAUACUCCUCGAAGAACUUCAUCAAAUCCAAACUGCCGCAGAACAACGGCCAGCCGCAGCUCUUCAAUCUGGGUUACAGCGUCCGGUUCGAGAACCAGCAGAAUCAGAACCUCCAGAGGGCUUUCGACCAGACCAGCUUCGCCCACAUCGAACACGGGGACAUCAUAACCGGCACCAGGAAGCAAAACGUCGAAAUCGACAUCCCUGGGAGCUCAAAAGAGGACAAUCAAUUCGGUUACCGGAGAGAGGUGAAAAAACGGAAGUUAAUAGGGUCCAAAGCCGCUGCGCCCGCGCUGAACUCCGAAAUUUCGUAUUUGGAAAGCACGGGCCAAACCUACGUGUCACCGACGACGCAAAAAAGCCUCGAAGCUUUGGGGAAAAUCAGGGAUGUUGAUAAUCAAGAGGACUUAUCCGAGCUAUAUCAGCAGAAGUAUACCUGGAGAGAUUUGAGCCCCAACGUCAAAAUUAUACGGAGUACUGAAAUACCUAUGGAACGUAUAGAAAACAGAGCUUUAAACUUCGACCACCAAAAGGCUCUAUCUAAAAGUGAAGGGUUUGGAUUCUCAGACGCUAUAAGAGACGAAAUUUUCGAAAAGAGCAGUUACGCCCGAAAAGAACCCACUUUUAAGAGAGCGGAAACUGUUCCAUCAACAUCUGCUCCAGAAGGAUUCCGCAUUAUUCACGUUCAAGAACAAAUAAACGAACCCCCCACAAAGACUAAAAUACCAGAUCCAGAACCGUACACAACCAAUAAAAAUUUAGAAAAAGAAAAUGUUUUCCAAGUUAUAAACAAGGUCCCACAGAUCCAAACUCAAACACAAUUGGUUAAAUUACCCUUCUUACAAACAGUGAAUCAACAGUUCCAACCUGAGAUAAUCAACACCCAAAUUCCCAAACAAGGUUACAUCCAACACAUAAUGAUGCCUCAAAUACAAUUCGAAUCCACUCCAAAAUAUCGUACCAAACAUAAAUACGUAAAACACAUCGCAGGCACAAGAGGUAACAUCGUUUAUGCAAGAAAAGUAGCUCCAAAUCUUGACUAUACGAGGAAGGCUAAAAUAAAGCCAGAACUCAGAAGAGAGUUCAAACCACCACCUCCUGGAGGUCAAAUUUGAUUCCCACAUCAUAUAUUCGAUUAAUUUAUUUAUGUCUUCUUAAUGAAGUGUUUUGAUUUCUGUUGUUUAUAUUUAAUUUUAUUAUUUAUGUUGAAAUUUUAUUAUUGAGAAGG